CCCGCGAGUGCAGCCGGGCGGGGAGGCUACGCGUGCCCUGCGGGCCGAGCUCGCCGCGCUCCAUGCUGCGCCCGCCGCCCGGGCCCUGACGCCGUGCCGGGACCCAUGCCCUGCGCGCCCCGGGGACUGAGGCUGGGCGGCUGCGGGGCGCCCAUGGAGCGCCACUCCAGCUACCUCUUCGUGUGGCUGCAGCUGGAGCUGUGCGCCAUGGCCGUGCUGCUCACCAGAGGAGAAAUUCGAUGCUACUGCGAUGCCGCUCACUGCGUGGCGACUGGGUAUAUGUGUAAGUCUGAGCUCAGCGCCUGCUUCUCCAAACUUCUUGAUCCUCAGAACACCAACUCCCCACUCACCCAUGGCUGCCUGGACUCUCUCAGCAGCACAGCAGAUGUCUGCCAAGCCACACAGGCCCGGAACCACUCGGGCAGCUCUGUGCCCUCCCUGGAGUGCUGUCACGAAGACAUGUGCAACUACAGGGGCCUGCAGGACGUGCUCUCCCCGGCCCGGGGGGAGGCCUCAGGACAAGGAAACAGGUACCAGCACGACGGGAGCAGAAACCUGAUCACCAAGGUGCAGGAGCUGACUUCCUCCAAAGAGCUGUGGUUCCGGGCAGCAGUGAUCGCUGUUCCCAUUGCUGGUGGGCUGAUUUUAGUAUUGCUUAUUAUGCUGGCCCUGAGGAUGCUCCGAAGUGAGAACAAGCGGCUGCAGGACCAGCGACAGCAAAUGCUGUCUCGUUUGCACUACAGCUUUCACGGACACCAUUCCAAAAAAGGGCAGGUGGCCAAGUUAGACCUGGAGUGCAUGGUGCCGGUGAGCGGGCACGAGAACUGCUGCCUGACUUGUGAUAAGAUGCGACAAGCAGACCUCAGCAACGAUAAGAUCCUCUCCCUGGUUCACUGGGGCAUGUACAGUGGUCACGGGAAGCUGGAAUUCGUAUGAUGGAGUCUUAUCUGCUCGAAACUUCCCGACGCUUGAAGGCCUUGCAUUCUGCUGGUCAGGAGCACUUUAUCUGGAGACACCGACUCAUCCAGUCACCCUCGAGAGGCCAGGUGACCUCUGCAGACAGAGUCUUGGGAUUUCUUCUGAAGGAUUAUUUGCACAGACUCGAGUACAGUCAAAUGUAUUAUUUGCUUUAAAAUUAUAAAAAGCAAAGCAGAGACUAUGUACACGCUGUUACCAGGGGUAUUUGCGUCCAGAGGAGCGGUGGUCGAGUACCUAAAUAAACUAACUGUGCGCUGUGUAAGCUCCUACAUCUUGAUCCGUUGUAAAGAUUUUUAAAAUAUAUAUAUAUAUAUUUUUUGUCUGAAAUUUAGUGGUGUCUUUCGUAAAUUAAAAACCAAAGUUGGGGGAGGUAAGCAGGGCCUGUAGCCCCGUGGUGGAGCAUUUGCCUGGUACACAGGGGCCCUGGGUUUCAUCCUUAGGACCGUGAAACAGAAAGCUGUGGGAAGGCUGAGAGAACACACUAAACAGUGUUCUUUUUAAUCACAAGACCAAUAUCUUGUUUAUUCUCAUGGUGUAAUUUUCUUACAGUGUAGGCUACAUUACCUACAUGUUUGUGUAAAGCUGAUCUGGAUUUACCUUUCUUCUAAGAGUCAUGAUUUGCUGCCGGGAUUAAGCCCAGGCCUGGUACGUGCUAAGCACACUCUACCACUGAGUGCACGCCCAGUCCUACUUAUUGAUCCCCAGUCAGAUACGAUUGGUGACUUUCUGAAGUUGCCGCAACAAAGGUAAUGUUUCCUAGCUUGAUCUAUUUGCUUUGCAAUAUCUUUUUAAAAUGUGUCCCCCUCCAUCCUAACAAAAAAAUACUUCUUAGUGAAGUUAGCUACUGUCUGCUUUUACAAUUAAUUUACUCUCAUUGUCUUGAACCAUUUUUUCCCAGAGCUGAGGACUGAACCCAGGGCUUUUGCACCAAACUAUCCCUAGUCCUUUUUUCAUUUUUUUGUUUUCAGACAGGGUCUCCCUAAGUUACUAAGUUGCCCAGGCUGGGCUUGAACUUGAUCUUCCACCCCAGUGUACCAGAGUGCUAGGAUUCUAGAUGUACACACCACGUCUGGCUUUUGAAUUAAGUAUUGUGACUCUGAAAUUAACCAAACUUUACUGACAAUGUUCCUGGUUUUCAAACUUUGUUCUUCAACACUGUUAGACGUUUUUUCCCUCUAACUUUUCUCAGUCUUUCGAAAUAUUUUAAGUAGUGAACAUCAUAUGCCUAGUAGCAACACAGUGCUGCUAGACUUCUUGCCCCCAAAUGACCCACUUAUUAAUAUAACCAACUGGAAUAUGGGCUUUGGCCAGUGACUAAUGCAGGUAAGGAGGAUAGGUAUUUCUGUUUGGUAACAUGGCCCAGCCGAACUUAAACCUAUUCUGUAUUUGGGAAUCCCGCCCCCGCCAUGAAUCUUUGUUAUCUUAAAUGUGAGAGUAAUUUGCUAUGGUGGGUUGUUUUUUCAAUUCUUUUGUAUAGUUGAAAGUUUUACUUAAAAAGUAACAUAGAGCUGGACUGGUGAAUUAGCUCAGAGGUACUGCACUUGCCUCAAGCACAAGGUCCUGAGUUCGAUCCCCAGCACUGAAAAAAAAAAGUGAACAUAUAGCCUGCAUAUUCGAGAAUGAAGUUUUUCUUGUAUUAACCCUAAAAACAUUUUUGCAUACUUUCACGAGACUUUUAUGGGAAGCAUAACUUGGGUUCCAUAAGGAGACAGGACCAUGGGAGAAUCUUGAAUGGAAAUGCCUAGUACAAAAAUGAGAAUCUACAUAAUUUGAACAGUUAAUAGACCACUGCCCCAAGUUAGGAAAUGGAAUAAAUGCACAUUUUAAUAAA